GUGUGUGUUGUAUCUCUCUAUUCACAAGUUGACAGUUUUUAGAGCUGUGUGUGUGUGUGUGUGUGUGUGUGUGUGUGUGUGUGUGUGUGUGUAGCUGUGUGUUUAGUAGUAUCUAUCGACAAGCUGGCAGUGCCUUAAGCUAUGUGUGUAGUUAUAGUAGAUUCUAUAUUUAUCCACGAGUGUGUAAAAUGUGUAUUUACAAGCUGACAGUGCCUAAAGAUAUUUCAUAACCCAAGCCUCAGUCUGAACUAUAUAUAUAUAACAUUGCCCUCCGUCGUGACAAUGUCGGGGUCAGAGCCCCCUGUGGUGGCGUGUGGAGUGUGCAAGAAACAGCCCAAGAACGCCCAUCUCCUGCCGUGCCUACACGCCUUCUGCCUGAGCUGCCUCCAAGAUGAAUGUACACAGAACUCUCGGGAUAAAUUCUUUUGCCCUCUGUGCGUCACGAGUUCAGAAGAUCGAAAGUCCCACCCGGCUCGGCCGUGGCAUGCGUUUGAACAAUUUCUGGAGGCGGAGGAGAUAGAAGAGGGCCGUCGCAAAAGACGGGAAGAACUCCCGGCUUCAGAAAGCGCGAGAGGAACACGGGAUGAGGACUGGCAUCUGCACCAAUCAGAGGACAGCGACGAAGAAGAAUGGAUGACGUCAUCAGUUUCAACGCAGCCGCAGACUUUCCCGUGUCCUUCACACCCCGACAAAAUGGCGGAGACUUUCUGCGGGAAAUGCCAGCAAGCCGCGUGCGAGAAGUGCGUGUCAGUGUUCCACCGUCGUUGUCAGCCACUGCGCACAAUGAACGAGGCGGUGGAAGCGAGUCGGGAAGAUUUAGAUCGUCUGCAUGCUCGUCUGGCUGACUCGAUGGUUCAGUGCCAGCUAGCGCAAGACAUCCACACAGACAGGCUCAACGCCAUAGAGGAGAUGCGGAGAGCGGCUCUGCUGGAGAUUAAAUCUCAGCGCGUGGAGCUGAUGAACAUCAUCCUCGCGAAGGAAAAGUUGUUGACGGACGAGAUCAACGCAAAGCUCAACGAGAUGAGUCAAGAGACGCGCGCGGCGGAGACUUCAGCACGGACGAUGGUGGGGUCACUCAGUGCACAGCUCAGUGUCCUUGACCUCUCUCUGAGCGCUCGGGGUGAAGGCGAACUACUGAGCUACCUCCCAUCACUCUCACACCGCCUGCAACCGCAGCAACAGCAGCAACAAGGAACACUCGCCACCUCAGACAGCGGCCCGACUGUCCACUACACGCGGAGUGACCAGUGUCUGGAAGCAUUGCGGCCCGCCGUUCUGGGGAGCGUGUCUGUCAAUGGGCCCCAGGGCUCGGAAACUGACGACCAAAUCGCGAGAGGAGAGGCGAGCUUGACCCUGACACCCGUCAUAAGCUUCCACGGCGGAUGUCGGGACGACAUGUGUGACCCACUUCUCACAGACCUCCUGCUCCUGGCCAACGGUGACGUCAUCCUUACGGAUCGCGACAACAAGUGCGUGAAGAAGUUCAACAACUCGGGCAAGCUUCUCACCCGCGUGGUCAUGGAGGCGGUGCCCAGCCGUAUAGCAUCCGUGUCGCAGUCUCGCGCCGUGGUCUCGGCUAUGAACAAAAAGGCUCUCUACUUCCUCUCCUUACACGGGACUGUGAGGUUCCUUAGCUUCGCGCGCGUGCGCAAGAUCUACUCCUUCCUCACCUCGGUGGGGGACGGCGUUCUCGCCGCGGGGACUAACCAGUGCGACUCAAUAGACCUCAUUACCGAUAAGGGACAGUUGCUGCGGCAACUUUACGCCCAGCGGCCGGAUCGCGCGUCGAUUGCCCGCCCGUUGUACCUCGCAGUGACGAUUCCACCACCGCACAGGGCUGUUAGCUACGCCCACCACAAGGAGAGCUCACACCGCAGCACAACGACAACGACGUCUGCCACCGACGCCAUCUCUGACAACACCAGCAACGGAACCAGCAGCAGCAACAAUAACAACAACAAAAACACUAACAACAAAAACAUUAACAAAAACAAAAACAGCAGCAAAAACAGCAGCAGCAGCGGCAACACUGAUAAACUGGACCCCACCAACCUCAACAACCGCCGGCGUUCGUCCGCCGCUGCCUCUCCCUCCGCCGCCAGUAACGCCGCGGAAAACGCCUCGAAAACGCCAGACCGCGCCGCCGACGUAAAAAUCCCAGACCUUCUCGUGUCCGAUAGCGGGAAGCGAAUUCUCUUCCGCCUGACCUCCGAAGGAGCAGUGACCUCGACUUUGAAAUCGACAGAGUCCUUGACCCUAGAGUGUCCCCUCGGGGUCACAGUUCAUGAAUCAGGUCAAGUUCUGCUGGCCGACAGAGACGCUGACUCGAUACUGCAACUGGACGCGAGCGGCUGUUUCGUGCGCAAACUUCUCACCUCGGAGCAGGGACUGAGCAAACCGUGCGGCCUGGUGGCGGGUCACAGGGGUCAGGUGGCGCUCAGCCAGGUGGAUGGCAUGAUCAAGAUCUACCGCUCCGAGGUCACCUACGGGCACACACGCUCGUCGUAAAGGGAACUGCGGGGCGAACACUGUGUGGGCUGGCGAGUUUUUAUUUAUUUAUCUAUCUAUCUAUCUAUCUAUCUAUCUAUCUAUCUAUCUAUCCCUCUAUCUAUCUAU